AUAACCUACAGGAUGUUUUUUUUCUAUUAAAUAUGUAUUAUGCAUACCUGGUAUCCCCAAUUUCCCUUUUCAUUAUACAGGUAGAGAAUUAUUGUAUGAAUACAUGGGUCAUUAAAGUGCCAUAAUAUAUUCUGUACCUGACAUUAUAAAUGUGCUUAAAACCAGUACCUUUGGAAGUAUUAACAGUAUUGGGUGAGUCACUAGUAAUGGUCAUUUAAUCACCACCCUUUAAAAUUACGAACUAUAUUAGAGGUAUUUCCCAUUCAGAAUUCAGACGUGCCUAAAGACAAGACGCAUACUUUUAUAUGACACAGUGUCUAAGAUGUUCAAGCAGUGUAGUUUGAUCGCACUAUUUUUGGCUGCCAUCUUGAAUAAUCACGUCGUCAAGACUCAACUCCUGAGCGUCGAAAAUCCAGACGGGUCAUAUUCAAUAGGGCACAGUUCCGUAGGUGCAGGUGGCACACCAGAAUCUAUAGCAGCUCUGCUGACCAAAGCAGCAGGAUGGACAGAGACAUCGCGUCACUAUGGGCGGGCUCAAACCUUCACGUCUGAAGUAUACUCGUCAAGGAGCCCGUUGGAUGACUUGGUAGUGUUGUUCCACAACUCGAUCGUCAGACUGUACAAUAACUUCAGGGCGAUACUCAGGAGAAAUACGUAUGCUGUCGAUGUAUUGAGCAAGGUGUUUGCAAUUUUUUUUGAGUAUGUUAGGUAUAUUGCUAGAGACAUUUUCAGCAGAACUGAUAGUAGGCUGAAUAGUGAUAAGAAUUUUGUUCCGAAAAGGUAUCGCCUUUAUUAGUGCUUUAUUGUAUUUUUUAUGUGAAUUAGUAAUAAAAUUCAAGAG